CGGAAGACGCUGUUUCCUUAGAAAAACUGCGAAAUACGCUAAUUAGAUUAGAAGAUACUAUAAUUUUCGCUCUCAUAGAAAGGGCACAAUUUAGUCAUAAUAAACUUGUUUACGAGCCCGGGAAAUAUAAGUAUAAGGACUGCGAAGAUUUUGAAGGAAGCUUCUUAGAGUACUUUUUACGAGAAUCGGAAAGGGUACAUGCAAAAAUGGGGAGAUAUUGCAGUCCCGAUGAAUACCCCUUUACUGAACAUCUUCCCGAUCCAAUCAUCCCCCCUCUUGAAUACCCGCCAAUUCUUAAGCAAAAUAACAUUAAUGUCAACGCGAAAAUAAUGGAAUUUUAUAUUAAUUGCAUUGUCCCCUCGUUAUGUGCCAUGGAUGAUGACAAAAAUUAUGGUUCUGUUGCGACGCGAGAUGUUACAUGUCUUCAAUCCAUAUCUCAGAGAAUUCACUAUGGGAAGUUUGUUGCUGAAGCGAAAUUCCGGGAUCCAAACCUUCAACCAAAGUACAUCGAACACAUAAAAUCUCGCGAUUCCAAAGCCAUUGAGGAAUUAUUAACAAACAAAAAAGUAGAAGAAGAUUUGCUAAAACGCCUUAAACGUAAAGCCCUCAUUUAUGGUCAAGAUAUAACUGAGACUGGUGAUUUUAAUUUAGAUGCGGAACAUGCUUCAAAACAUUUAAAAAUCAAUGUGGAUUUAGUUGUUGAAAUGUAUGAAAAAUGGAUAAUUCCUUUGACGAAGGAAGUUGAGGUUGCUUAUCUUUUAGAACGUCUUGACGACGGAACGAAAUUUCAUACAAACUUAUAA